AUGCCUGUGACCUUUGCCCUCACGCUUCUCCUGAGCCAGGCCGCUGCAGACCCAUGCUACGAUCCUGGGGGCCGCCCCCGCUUCUGCCUCCCACCAGUGACCCAGCUGGCCAGCCUGACAGCCUCCUGCCCCCAGACCUGUGCCCCGUCCCCAGGGCCGGACCUCAGCCUCCGGGCCUCCUGCAACGGCAGCCUGGCCCUGGCCCUGGGCGGCCCCUUCCUCCUGACGUCCAUCAGCCUGCGUUUCUGCACCCCAGGACCCCCGGCCCUGGUCCUGUCUGCAGCCUGGGCGGCGGGAGGUCCCUGGAGGCCGCUGUGGCGCAGAUCCGCCUGGCCUGGGGCUUUGGGGGGUCCUGAGCGGGUGACCUUCCGCACCCCACCAGGCCCUAAGGCCAGCUGCUCCUGCAACCAGCAUGCCCGCCGCUGCCGCUUCAACGCUGAGCUCUUCAGGCUGUCCGGUGGCCGGAGCGGGGGUGUCUGCGAGCGGUGCCGCCACCACACAGCCGGGCGGCACUGCCACUACUGCCAGCCAGGGUUCUGGAGGGACCCCAGCCAGCCUAUCACCAGCCGCAAGGCCUGCCGCACCUGCCAGUGCCACCCUAUUGGGGCAACAGGUGGCAUCUGCAACCAGACCAGUGGGCAGUGCUCCUGCAAGUUGGGGGUCACGGGCCUGAGGUGCAACCGCUGUGGCCCUGGCUACCAGCAGAGCCGCUCCCCCAGGAUGCCCUGCCAGCGUGUCCCAGAGGCAACGACAACUCUUGCCACAACCCCUGGUGCUUACAGCUCUGACCCUCAGUGUGGAAACUACUGCAACGUCUCGGUCACCAGGGUGCACAUGGGCCUCCGGAGGUACUGCCAGCAGGACUACGGGUCCCACCCUCACAGAGACUCAACCCCUAAUUCCCCAAUCCCUCAGUCCACUCCCCCACUGACCCAGUGA